UCAUUUUUAUGAAAUAAAUCAAAAAAAUAAAUAUUAUACAAUUAUUCGAAAUGGAAUUGAAGCUAUUAAUGCUUAUCAUAAAUUUACUAAUGGACAAAUUCGACCAGGUGCCUGUGAUACUACUCAACUUUUUCAAACAAUUUCUAUGGAAACACCAAUAAACUAUCUCGUUGAAACAGAUAAUUAUGAUGAAGGAGAUAUCAUUAUGCGUAUAUUGAGUGUUCUUGUCGAUUAUCACAAUAAUCUUCUCGAAUUACUUGAGACAGAAAUAAAAAAUCAUGGUGAUAUUCUUGAUUUAGGUCCAUUGAAAGAUAUUAUUUUUGAAUUAUCAAAAAGAGAAAUAUCAAUUUUACAGAUUGUUCAAGAAAAUAUGGGUAUAAUUACAUUAAAUAAAAUGGAUUAUCAAUGGAUUGAACAAUUAUCUCGAGCUAGUCUUGAAAAUGAAAAUAAUUAUUUUAUUACAAUUGAUACAUCAUUAAAAUUUAAUUUUCUUUAUAUUCAAUCAUAUCUUAUUCGAACAUAUCUUCUCUAUUGUCGUAUUAAUUAUCAACAUAUCAAAGGAAAAUAUCAAUGUUAUACUCGAAAAAAAAUUUCGAUUAUUACAAAUAAUAUUGAUAUGAAUUUUAAUACAUUAUUAAUCGAUGAAUGGAAUCAUUUAGAACAAAAGAAUCUAAUUGAACUUCAAAAUGAAUCUAAUCUUCUUCAACAAAUUAUGGAUAUAUUAAAAAAUUCUUCUCAAAAUUAUUCAUCAAUGAAACUUUCAGAAUUUAUUCGAAAUACUAAUUAUGAUCAUCGAUUUAUUCAACAAUUUCAACAAUAUCAAAUUAAAGAUUUUCCUUUAUCACAAAUUAAAGAUAUUUGUCAAUUAUAUGAACAAUCGAUUAAUCAUUUUCAACAUAGAUUUAUCAAUGUAUCUCAUUUAAUUCGUGUACCUUUAGAUAAAAAACUCAAUGAUGAACUUGAUUAUAUAUUAAAAUCUUCAUUUAUUUCUUCUCAAGAUCAGACUAAGAAAGAAGAAUUUCCAGAUAAAAUACAAAUAAUAACAGAAUUUUUAAAUGAUUUAAAAGAUGCAGAAGAUCUUCUUGCUAGUCAAUGGUUCCAAUCAUUUGUAGAAACAUGUGAAUAUUUACGCAUUGAAAAUCCAAUUAUAAAAUUAAUACCUAAAGAAAUUAAAUGUGAAAAUUAUGUUGCAUUAUGCCUAAAAUUCAUUGAAAUACGAUCUCAAUUACAAGAACAAACAAUCAAUAUUGAAGAAAAAACUAAAGAUCUUUGGAAUGCUCAUUUUGAUAUUUCAGAUAUAAAUCAAUCGAAUGAAAAUAGUUUUCAAAUAUUUCGAAAUAAGAACGAUGAUUUCCUACAUAUCGAUUCAAAUUCUAUUCUUUCAUUAGACUUCUUGCCACUUUCUUCUCCACAACUAACAGAUACUACUACAGAUUCAAUCAAUUGGUUGAAUAUAUUUGAUAAUCUAAUUACUUCUACUGAAAUACAAGAACCUCAACAUUUCCCAUCACGGUCAAUUCAUGAAGGAAAAAUCAAUUAUACAUCUCUAUUCAAAUUAAAGUUAACAUCGAUUUUAUUAUCAUCAUCAACCCUAUUUGAAAAUAGUCGAAUACAGGCAGAACAAUUGGUAUCAAAAAUGCCUAACACACAUAUUGUUAUCACAUAUCUAGAUGGUAAACAAGAAAGAUAUUUAUGUAAACCUGAAAAAUUCUAUGAACAAUUAAAAAAGAUCUUUGAAAAGAAAAAAUACAAUUCGAAUACAAUUGUUAUUAUUGAUUCAAAUCAAGUGUUCAUUGAUUUUAUGACCAAAACUAUAAAUAGUUCAUUAUCUAGUAUAGAAACAGAAUAUCGUAUUGUAGAAAAAACAUUAUUAAUUCCUAUUGUAUUAGAAUUUGAAAACAGUUUAUUGAAAUAUUUCGUAACAACAGAAGCAACACUUACAUCAAUUCUCA